CGUGUAACUUUAUCCGCUAAUGAACUUUGAAUCGUAUAUAGGCCUACAGAUGUCAGCCCCAUCGGCAUUUCUAACAAUCGAGUUCGCCAUCUUGAACGCCAUCUUUAAUGAUCUGAUACACGCCGUACGGCGGUGCGAAGCUCUUUCCUGCUGUUCCAAUUGUGGAGGGGAUACGCAAUGGGUGCAUAUAAGUAUAUGCAAGAGCUGUAUCGUAAAAAGCAGAGCGACAUGCUCCGCUUUUUACUUCGCGUUCGAUGCUGGCAGUACCGUCAGUUGACUAAAAUGCAUCGUGCCCCCAGACCAUCCAGACCUGACAAAGCCCGUCGUUUGGGAUACAAAGCUAAACAAGGUUUUGUCAUAUUUAGAAUUCGUGUAAGGAGAGGUGGCCGUAAACGACCUGUCCCCAAGGGUGCAACAUAUGGCAAGCCCAAAAGUCACGGUGUAAAUCAACUGAAACCAACCCGAAAAUUACAAUCUGUUGCCGAAGAACGUGUCGGCCGACGUUGCGGUGGUUUACGAGUAUUGAAUAGUUACUGGGUUGCUCAGGACUCUACGUACAUGUACUACGAAGUAAUUCUCGUAGAUCCUGCACACAAGGAAAUUCGUAACGAUCCAAAGAUCAACUGGAUAUGUAAUGCUGUACACAAACACCGCGAACUUCGCGGAAAGACGUCGGCUGGUAGAAGCUCGCGAGGAUUAGGAAAGGGACAUCGUUAUUCACAAACCAUCGGUGGUUCGCGUAGUGCGGCGUGGCUGAGACGAAACUCAUUGUCGCUUCGCAGAAAGCGAUAGGCGAUUUUAAAUGUUUACACUGUUAAGACCUGUACGAACAAGAUACAUCAUUUUAUUGAUAUAAUAACAAAUUCUAUAUCGAUAUUAUGGUAUAUCCUGUACGAAAUAAACAUCUCUUCUGUAA